AUGAAGCUGAUAAUCCUCAAUGAUUAUGACCAGGCCAGCGAGUGGGCUGCGAAAUAUAUAAGAAGCAAAUUGCUCCAGUUUAAACCUGGUCCAGACAGAUUUUUCACUUUGGGACUCCCGACUGGAAGCACUCCGUUGGGCUGUUAUAAGAAGCUGAUUGAAUACUACAAAAAAGGAGAGAUUUCUUUUCAGUAUGUUAAAACUUUUAACAUGGAUGAGUAUGUUGGACUUCCCAGAGAGCACCCUGAGAGCUAUCACUCAUUCAUGUGGAAUAACUUUUUCAAGCACAUAGACAUACGCUCUGAAAACACCCACAUACUUGAUGGAAACGCUGCUGAUCUACAAGCCGAGUGUGAGGCAUUUGAAGAGAAGAUUAAAGCAGCUGGAGGGAUUGAGCUCUUUGUUGGAGGAAUUGGACCUGAUGGUCACAUUGCUUUUAAUGAACCUGGUUCUAGCCUGGUAUCUCGUACAAGGGUCAAAACUCUGGCACAAGACACAAUAAUAGCUAAUGCAAGGUUCUUUGAUGGUGAUUUGUCUAAAGUACCCACCAUGGCUCUGACAGUUGGAGUCGGCACAGUCAUGGAUGCAAAAGAGGUCAUGAUUCUCAUCACUGGAGCACACAAAGCAUUUGCUUUAUACAAAGCCAUAGAGGAAGGAGUCAAUCACAUGUGGACUGUAUCUGCAUUCCAGCAACACCCACAAACACUGUUUGUAUGUGAUGAGGAUGCCACCCUAGAACUGCGGGUUAAGACAGUGAAAUACUUUAAAGGAAUGAUGCAUGUUCACAACAAGCUGAUACAGACACCUCCAGCACUGACAUAA